AUGGCUGACGCUCAGGCUUCUAUUUCAACAUCGGUCUCAGCGCCACCAACAGACCCUAACCGACACAUAACCACCAACAACAGCGAUGCCAAGGCGGUCUUCUCUACCAUACCUGCCCCAUUGCAAGUCACCCGCGACCUGGGCGGCACCCUCUUCCGACUGGGCUACCAGACCCCCCGCCCGCCAGUCUCCUUUACCGAGAACAAAGACUUAAACGCCUAUGCCCAAUCUCUGGACAAUCCACCCCCUCUCGUGCCUCCAGGCGGCGGCGCCGUGGUUUGGUACGUCGACACGCCGCCCGGCGCCAUCAGCCCCGUCCACCGCACCGUGAGCCUCGACAUUGUCAUCCAGGUCCAGGGCGAGCUCGAGCUGCACCUCGACGGCGGCGAGACGAGGCUCCUCAAGCCCGGCGAUAUGACCGUUCAGCGGGCGACCAUGCAUGCUUGGCGGAACCCCAGCGAGACGACGUGGUCGAGGAUGAUUGCCGUCAUGUCUGAGUGUGAGCCAGCUGUUGUGGGAGGCGAGACUCUGGGUACUUUCUUCCCGCCAGCAGGACAUUGA